AUGGGAGAAGACCACAGCAGCGCCGUCGAAGCUCCGCCGCCUCAACGGAGACCGAGAGUGAGGGAGGUCAACUCUAGGUUCAUGACUCCCGCGCCGACCUCCUCCACUUCCUUCUCCCCUCUCCCGCAGCAGCAGCACCAGAGAUCCACAUCCGUACACCAGCAACGCCGCCGUCUCGAAUUGGAUAAGGAUUCCUCCGCUGGCAACUCCGCUUCUCCAACAGUCGCCGCCGCCGCCGUCAAACUUUUCAAGGAAAACGCAAACGGCGAGAGGCAGGAUCCGCGAUCUCACCACCACCGCCCCGACACUCCCAUGGCAACCGCUCCUCCCCCCACAUCGAGACGCUUGCCGCAUCAUCGUCCCUGCAACGCCGUUACUCACUCAGCUGCCGCCAAAUUGCUUCAGUCCUCCACCGGCAUGUCAUCGUCGUUGUCGGUCAAUCUCUCAGCCAAUCCCAAUUCCGGCCCAACCGAGUCUCUUCCGGACCUUCGCUCUUCGCGGGCCACCGUCUCCCGUAGAAUACUGACGGAGAGAAACAUAAACACUCUCUCCGGGCCGGAUGAUGACGACGACGCCGCCGCGAGUACAACAACAUCAUCUUCUUGGAAAUUCCCUGCUUCGCCUUGUUCCCUCUCUCUCGAUUUACAACGAUCGUCCUCUGAAAACCCUUCAUUCUUUCACUCGCUAAGAGGCUCCGAGAAAUCAGCCAAGAUUGGGGGUUUUGCUCUGCCUCCAGUUCCUCACGCUAAGGACCUAAGCGAUGCUAAUGCUUCGAGAAAGGGAAGGAAAGCCUCUGGUCAGCAAGAGGGCUUUCACGCUAUGAGAAUGAUUCACAACCGUUACUUGCAGUGGAGGUACGCCAAUGCCAAAGCCGAGGCUUCCUCGCAAGCCCAGAGUAGAGAAGCCGAGAUGAAGUUGUAUUCCCUUGGUUGCAAGAUAUCCGGGUUAUACAAGUCGGUGACAAAGAAAAGAAUUGAGCUUGCCCGUUUGCAGCGAAUGGCAGCUCUAUCCACAGUCCUGGAGACUCAGAUGCCAUAUCUGGAUGAAUGGACAACAAUAGAAGCAGAUUGUAAGGUCUCUUUGUCGGAGACGGCUCAAGCUUUAGUAAACGCCUCAAUCCAGCUUCCCGUCGUUGGGAAUGUCAAGGUCGAUGCAAGAGAGUUGGCAGAGGUAUUGAAGUCUUCAGGGAAGUUGAUGGAAUCAAUUGCUUCGCACAUAGAAAGAUUUCUGCCCGAGGCUGCAGAAACUGAAACACUGGUAUCAGAAUUAGCUAGGGUGAGUGGAGGAGAGAUAGCUCACGUUCAAGAAUGUGGAGAUCUCUUGUCUCUGAUGCAUAAAUCACAGAUGGAGGAGUGCAGUGUGCGAGGCCAAAUAAUCCAGGUUCGCCAAAAGCUGACUACUGCUUGACGAAGCAAAGUAGCAUCAUGCAUGUAUUGCUGCUGUCUUGAGCAAAAAUGUGGAAGGGGAUAUAAACUAUAUAGCUUGCUUGAUCGGUUUGAUUUUGUUUGUAUGUACUUUACAGCCAUCAUUCUUUGAGAAAAACAAACUUAAAAUGAUGUUCUCCUUGAGUGUUUGUCUAUAAAUUGCAUCGGCUCACAAUAGAGUGAUAUGCAGCAUGCUAAAAGAAUCAUGUACUUUCGUUGUACAAUAAUAUUCUGUGCAACUUGCAACUGCUUGAGAUCUCUUUUGUUGUUGUUAUUAGUAUUCACCAGAAUCAAUACCCGCGGCUACGUCGAGGGAACUAAAAACACAAUAGCAUGAUCGUAUUGAGUUUCAUAGUUAAUUAGUAUGAGGUU